UGCUGGGUUCAUGGGAAGUGCUCUGGCAAGUGCCCAGUGUUACAGGGAAGUGUAGCUACAGCCAGAUUCAUGCUGGAACUGUGCGAGACGUCCGUCUUGAAAAAACUCUUCUCUUGGUGACCCAACACGUAGCCCUCUUAGCUGUAGGCAGGAGCCCUUACCAUGGACCAAGGCUCCAAUGUGCAGAAAGACUGUGCUAAACUGAAGUAAGCAAGGAAUGUAGAAAAGAGAGCCAGGUGUGGUUUUAGUAAUGCUUAUGUUUAGGUUUUUUAUUAAGGCUUAGAAUGUUUUAGAAGAUCUAUUUUAUAAAUUAAAGCUUUUAGUGUAAAUGAGGCUAGAAUGACCUUCCUUGGACAUAUAAGGAAGUGAUAAAAGGUUAGAACUGUAGAAGCUGUGAAUAUUUCUUCUUUAACAGCUCGAGCAGUCUGUGAAAUCAAAGAACCAACAGCUAUACCUGAUGUAUGGCUCAACAUUUGUCUGGAUCAGGGGGACACAAGCACAAAUCCAUAUGGAGGAUGAACCUCCUCCUUCCCAAGAAGUCAGUGUCAAGGUAUUGGAGGCAACUUUAUUGUCAGCCCUGAAGAUGCUGGAUGUUGGGAAAUGGCCAAUUUUUUCUCUCUGUUCCCAAGAAGAGCUCAAGUUAAUUCGUCAAGCCUGUGUAUUUGGCAGUGCUGGUAAUGAAGUGUUGUAUGCAACUGAAAAUGAUGAGGUUUUUGUGCUUGGCAUGAACUGCAGUGGGUGUUUGGGAACAGGUGACAUGCAGAGCACUAUUGAACCAAGGAGGUUAGAUUCUCUAUGUGGCAAAAAGAUAGCCUGUCUGAGUUAUGGAAGUGGCCCUCAUGUUGUUCUUGCUACAGAAGAAGGAGAAGUGUAUACAUGGGGUCAUAAUGCCUAUAGUCAGUUGGGCAAUGGUACAACAAAUCAUGGUUUCCUUCCCUGUCAAGUCUCUACUAACUUGGUGAACAAAAAAGUCAUUGAAGUUGCCUGUGGCUCUCAUCAUUCUAUGGUGUUAACAUCUGAUGGAGAGGUGUAUACGUGGGGUUACAAUAACUCAGGCCAAGUUGGUUCUGGUUCCACAGCUAAUCAACCAAUUCCUCGAAGAGUUACCAGCUGCCUACAGAAUAAAAUAGUAGUGAAUAUAGCUUGUGGACAGAUGUGCUCUAUGGCUGUGGUGGAAAAUGGAGAGGUCUAUGUCUGGGGUUACAACGGUAACGGCCAACUGGGACUGGGCAGCAGCGGCAACCAGCCAACGCCGUGCCGAAUAGCGGCACUGCAAGGCAUCCGUGUGCAGCGGGUUGCCUGUGGCUAUGCACAUACAUUAGUGCUAACAGAUGAAGGUCAGAUUUAUGCCUGGGGAGCCAAUUCAUAUGGCCAGUUAGGUACUGGAAAUAAAAGUAACCAGUCUUACCCUACAACAGUUAUUGUGGAUAAGGACAGAGUUAUAGAGAUUGCAGCCUGCCACUCUGCUCACACAUCAGCUGCCAAGACGCAGAGUGGCCAGGUGUACAUGUGGGGCCAGUGCCGUGGGCAGUCCGUGAUCCUUCCCCACCUCACUCACUUUGCCUGCACUGAUGAUGUGUUUGCUUGCUUUGCUACCCCUGCUGUUAUGUGGCGUCUUCUAUCAGUAGAGCCUGAUGACCAUCUAACAGUAGCUCAGUCACUAAAGAAGGAAUUUGACAACCCUGAAACUGCAGACCUGAAGUUUCUAGUGGAUGGAAAAUACAUUCAUGUGCAUAAAGUUCUUCUCAAAAUUAGGUGUGAACAUUUUCGUUCCAUACUGAAUAACGAUGAUGAAAUUAUAGAAAUGAGCGAAUUUUCUUAUCCUGUUUACCGAGCCUUCCUGGAAUACCUGUACACAGACAACAUUAGGCUCCCUCCUGAAGAUGCAAUAGGACUGCUAGAUUUGGCGACUCUGUAUAGAGAAAACAGAUUGAAGAAGCUUUGCCAGCAAACUAUCAAACAAGGCAUUUGUGAAGAGAAUGCCAUUGCUCUUCUUUCCGCCGCUGUCAAAUACGAAGCUCAGGACUUGGAAGAAUUUUGCUUCAGAUUUUGCAUAAAUCAUUUAACUGUUGUUACACAAACUCAAGGCUUUGCAGAAAUGGACCACGAUCUCCUGAAAAACUUCAUUAGCAAAGCAAGUAGAGUGGGAGCAUUCCGAAACUGAGGUCUGACUACCACCAAGCUGAAGAGCAUGUCCUCUUCCCUCCUGGAAAUACUUCUGCUUUGGAGAACUUAUCCACGGUCAGAAUGAGCAAAAGUUUGGAAACACUGACUCUGUCCAUCAGCUUAGGAAAUGUAUAAAAGUCUGUUAACAUAGAGGUUUUAUAAAGAUGGCUACAGCAUAGGUGGAUGGUGAGAGUUCAUUGCCAACAGUCAGAAUUUAACAACAAAAAUCUAAUGCAGUAACUACCCUUUCCCACUUAAAAGUCAAGCAAACUAAGCUAUCGUUAUCUUGUCUGUCUGGUUUCAGUUCCUUUUUUUUUUUAAACAUUUGGGUUUAAGGGGACAGUGACCUGUUUGCUGCUAAAACUUUCAUAGUAUACUUUUAUCACCAAACUAAGUUAAUAUGCCAUAGUGGACUUCUUUGUGCCUGGUUUAACAUCUGAUGAAAAUACAGACUUGUUUUUUCUGAAUAUAUGAUAAAGUAAUAAAUUCUUUAGGAUGAGAGGCUUUCUGAUUGGUAGGAGAUGUCUCACUUGAUGAUGUUUAUUUGGAGUAUAAAUACAUAAGCCCUGAAGAGCUUCAGCUGGAUAUUACAGUUUUGAGUUCCUGGCACUUGUGUCCAUUGUUCUAGACAGAAUGAAAAAAAAAUCUUCCUUUCCAUUACACCAAGAACCUUCUCCGACACCCCAAUGGGCCAGGAAGCAUUCACAGUAUUUGUCUGGAUGUGUAUUGUGCUGUGUGUUUUGGUACUCAGAAAACUGUCUGGUUGCUUGUUACCAAGAAAAAUAAACCCAAACAAAAUCUCAAGGAAGGGGAAAUUCCACUUGAGGUUUGUUUAUUCCUGUUUCACUGUCUAUCCCCAGAUAAAUUAUCUUAAGAAAAACAGAGAAAAAGUUUUGAAGGGAUAAAAAAGGGUCUUACAGUUAAAUCAUGAGCAAAACUCCCAUUAUUUUCCAUGUGGCAAUAAGGACACCUUGUCCAAAUACAUUGUUUCAGGUUCUCCUUUGGUCAGUGCUGUGAGGUGACCAUACCCCUUACCUUACAUGCCCGGUUUAGGUGAGAGUUGCCCUCUGGACAUGCCUCUCUCUCAUCGUGGACCAUCAAGGGCACCACAUGGCUAAGGUAGAGUAGAUGCUUAAUUUCUAACUGACUGAAGUGAGUUAAGAUGAAACCCUGCAGAGUGUUGCGCAGAGGGAGGUUUGCCCCAUUACAGAAGAUGCUGAGCUCGUGAAGCAUUUACUUGAAUUUUCAAACAGGCAACUGUGAAUUAACCCUGGGAAAUUAUUUUUCUUAGAAUUUGACUAGGUGCAGUGGCUUUAAGUGCCUUUUGUAGUAUUUUAUAAAUGGAGAAGGCAAGAAGCCAGGUGACUAGGCUCAGUACACUAAUAUAAUUAGUCAUGCAACCUUCCUUUAGAUCCUUGCUGUGCCGCAGAAUCCUUCAAUGACUUUUUCUAAUCCUCAAAUGUGGUUUUUAAGAACCUAAUUCCCUUAAAUGAUCGCAGCCUCAUUUCCUCAUUUCUGAAGUAGAAAUAACUGUUCUUUAUUAUAUUGGAGGAUCAUUCCUCAAACAAUCCUGUUCCCUGAGGAGUAAAAGGAGAAGCACUUCUUCAGAGAAGAUGAGUAGUGGUGAGUAGUGCUUCUCUUCACAUCAGUCCUGGCAGGUGUGAGUGGAAGGGUGAGGCAUGCAGACAGUAGAAUUCACUUAGGAAGAAGACCAUAAACAAAUUAUUUUGGAAAAUGCUGUGGUAAAAAAAAAUGUGUGAGCCAUUUGCCUCAGAUGCUCACUAGAAAGAUAUUGGAUCAUCUACUGCUAAUAAACAUGUUCUGCCACCCCCUCAGUGACUAGUACAACUUCCUCCAGCAGCAUAAGUCUAUACUUCAGCGGCUGCGUCAGUAUUUUGUAUUCAAAUGGAACUGGUCAAAAACUUGCCAGUAUAUAAUGCAGUUUCACCAAAACCACAACUUCCUUGGGGGCUGAGAUCAGUUUUGGUAGGUUUGUGUUGAAUAGCACUUGACUCAGGCACACAGAUAGAGGAUAAUGCUGACAGUAAAACAGUAUCACAGUAGGGCAAAACUUUUCUGCAAACUUUAUAUGAUAUAGCCCAGCACUAAUAAUGCCAAAGCAUAGACACACGGCAAUUCUACAUAAGCCAAGGCUGGGGAAUUCCACAUGUUUUGGUUAAGCCAGGGAUGGCUGAAGUCUCUGCCCCUUUCCGUCCUGGGCUUAAAAAUUGCCAGAUUCACCUGCCAGCAUUUUCUUAGCUGUAGCAGCACAAAGAGGUUGCACCCCCAUGGCCCAACCUUAGGAUAGCAGCUUGUAGGGGAUCCUGCCCCACGCAGGGCCCUGUGCUGGCUCACAGCCUCCCUAGGAAAUGGAACCAGGUGGGCACCUUUCAGUUUUUCAGUUACUCAGGCCCUCCCAAGAAACAUACUAUAAAACAUGUCUCCAAAAGUUUCUGUUGCUUUACUUAACCAGACCAAAACCAUAAAUGUGAAAUUACUGUUUUUAACUCAACAUCUGAUCAAAAUUCUUCUCUGCUCUGUGAAGAGCGUGGCUCCCUGCAGACACUGCUCCACACAGCGAUAGCACUGGAGCAUGAUCCCAUGCUCCUAAACUGCUUCAAGGUUGUAACACAGCAGUUCAACAAAUACUGCAGUCACAAUGGCACACUUUCUUAGCAAGGCUUUUUUUGGCUUAAUAUAACCAAUAGUGCCAUUUUUUUUCCAAUUUAUUUCCUUCCUGCUCAUAAUUUCCAACCUACUGUAAACAUUAAAGCCUAGUUGCAAUUUCAGAGUAAUUGACAAAGCCUGUGAUUUUGAGAUGCAGCAUCUCCGGCCUCACUGAGAGUGAUUCUAAAGAUCCAGUGUGUCAGUGCUGGCUUUUAUUCAUGCAGUAUGUAUCAUCUGACCUGGAUGUGGUAGUAUUACGUUCAUAGACACUUUUUUUUUUUUUUUAAACUUUCAUUGCAUGCACUUUCCUUGGCACUUAAAGGACAAUGUUUAAAAAAACCGUACUGGCUUAGGUCAAUGUGGAUGCAAAUAUGUGUCUGAAACCCAAUCCUGGGACACUUUGAAAGACAUUAGGGAUGCAUUUUACCAUUGUGAGAGAUGGUCUGCAACUUACGUUUGUGGAUCUUGCAGGUUAAAUACAUACUUAAAUACUGUAUUGUUGUGUUUCAGGACAUCACAGGCAAGAAGGUAUUUGUUAAAAGGUGAAAAUAAGGUCUAGCAUAAACUGUAUUUGGGCUUCAAAUAAAGAGGGAUGUUCCACUUUGCAGAAAGGGAACCAGGUAGGUAACUUUCUGAAUCAAAUGGAAUUUUAAAGAAAAAGAAAUGACCGGGAUAGGGUCAUUUAAAGGUUCUCUUAAGUUAAUGAAGGUAAGAGCCAGCAUUGCAUUAUCUAGCACCCACCUCUAGAGUUUUGUUACAAUGCCCAAUAACUAUGUAAACGGCUGUUUUUUAUAAUCUGAACAAUUUCCAUGGGCUUUUACCUGUAAAACAAAGCAUUUAUUUACCCCAGAGACGGGACUCACUGGCUACCACCUAACAUAGAAAGUUUACAGUCUGAACAUAAAACUAUGUUUUGAUUUCAUGUUUCUUUAUAAACUUGCCUGGUUUCAAUAGACCAUUAAUAAAAAUGUCAUAAUAUUUAAAAAGUAUGAGUGGGACUUUUUUCCUUUCUUUUCAGUACAGCAAAGAAAGUCUGACAUUCAUAAACUGAGUGGACUAUGUAGUUAGUAGUGUGGGGAAAAAGAAGAAAACAGAGGUAUUAUUUCAGAGACAUACUUUAAAGACUGUUUGUGUUCUUCAGGAAGUAACUGCCACCAGAUAAAGUAUUUGUAAGCACAAUGAAAACUGAAUCUG